GGUUUUCCUCCCGCUCUUUUCAGGCCGUGUCCCUGCAGGAGGAGAUAACCUCCUGACAGUUGGGCCGACUCCUCCUGAGCAGCAGGGAGUUUCUGAGCCGCUCUGAGCUGCUGGAUGCUGGUCUGCAGGCGCCAUGGUGCUGAAGAUCUUCUUCCCGCAGUGCUGUAACCUGGCGGACAGCGGGCUGCUGGUGGGUCGCUGGAUCCCCGGACACGACUCGGCGGUGGUUCUGGCGGUCAUUCACUACCCGUUCAUCCCCGCUCAGGUCAAACAGUACAUCCAGCAGAUCCAGAGGCAGAGCGGGGAGGAGCUGGCGGUGCUGGGCUCCUGGAGUUUACCUAAAGAAAGUCAAGAGGGCAUGGAGAGCUUCCUCAGGGAUCUCAGCACCAUCUUCCCACAGGAACGCUGGCUCCAGAUCAGCCGCAAGAUGGGCAAAAUGGGCUUCACCUGUCAGAUCCUCAGCCGGAGUCAGAGAGCUGCUGGGGAGGAGAGGGAAAAGCAGAGCAGGUCAGAGGAAGAUGGUGAGGAAGAGGAGGAGAAGGAGAAGGUUGUCUUUGUUCACUAUGACCAGAAGAAGGUGAUGCUGUCCCGGCUUCACCCCGUCCACAUGGAGGACACCCAAACGGCAGCUGCCUCUGAGCUGAGACAGGUGUUCCAGACGGUGGCCCGCAGCCAGCCGCUCUUCCUCCUGGACCGGUACGACGACGGGCCGCUCAGGUCGACCCACUGGCAGACGGAGGGCCGGGAGGGCAGCAUCCUGGUGGAGCUGCUGAAGCGGGCGUCAGUGCCGCUCUGCCUGCUCCUCAGCUGGCCGAUGUCCAUCUGGACGCGGUUUUGCCGCCUUCGGAUCUUCAGGAUCUUCCCGCUGAGCGUCCUGUCCUCCAAACUGUCCACCUGCAUCCAGCUCAGCCACAGGAGCGAGCACAUGCGGUCGAUCAGCGCUCCCGGCGCCGCCAGCAGUCACAUUGAGUUCACGAGGAAAGCCAACACGGUGGUGUCUGUGCUGGUGGACGUGGCGCUCGGCAUCCUCCUCAUGACCUGGCUCUACAGAGACGAGCACGUGGCCACGCUGGCCAGCGCACUCGUGCCUGCAGCCGACCGCGUGGCCACAGAGCUGGAGCAGCUGCUGCAGUGGCUGAUGGGAGCUCCAGCGGGACUCAAAAUGAACCGGGCCCUGGACCAGGUUCUGGGCCGCUUCUUCCUUUACCACAUCCACCUGUGGAUCAGUUACAUCCACCUGCUGUCCCCGUCCGUGGAGCAGAUCCUGUGGUACGGCGGCCUGUCCGCCGGCCUGGGCCUCACCUUCGCGCUCUCGCUGCUGUCCGACAUGGUGGCGCUGCUCACCUUCCACAUCUACUGCUUCUACGUGUACGGAGCCAGGCUCUACUGCAUGAAGGUCUACGGCCUGUCGUCCCUCUGGAGGCUCUUCAGGGGGAAGAAGUGGAACGUCCUGCGGCAGAGGGUGGACUCCUGCUCCUACGACCUGGACCAGCUCUUCAUCGGGAUGCUGCUCUUCACCAUCCUGCUCUUCCUCCUGCCCACCACAGCGCUCUACUACCUGGUCUUCACGCUGCUGCGCCUGGUGGUGGUGCUGUUCCAGGGCGUCCUCCACCUCAGCGUGGACUUCAUCAACUCCUUCCCGCUGUUCGCUUUGGGCCAGCGCAUCUGUCAGCCCUACAGACUGGCAGAGGGAGUGAAGUUCCGGGUCCUGUGUGAGGAGCCAGGCUCCGCCCUCCACCUGCUGAUGGAGAUCAACCCUCUGAGCUGCAGCGCCGUGGUCCAGACGUACCGGACCCCCGCCUCCAGCUGCUACCCCAGAGACUCGUGGGCCGCGCUGGUCAGAAAGCUGUUUGUCGGCGAGCUGGUGUAUCCAUGGAGACGCAAGAGCUCCAAAGCCGACUGAGGACGGAGCCGAGAGCCACAGGCUGCUGAACCAUGAACCGCUGCAGAAAACUACUGACAUUCUCAGAUUUCAUUCAUUCCAACAGCUUUGGUUUUAAAAAACACACCUGUUUUAUUAGACUUCACCUAAAAAUGUAACAUAAUUAAAAAGAUUUUAUCUUUUAAUUUAGAAAACUCUUCCCCCCAAAGGUUGAAUCAUUAGAAAAAAAUGUUUUUAAAUAAUAAAAAAUGAAAACUUAACUUUUUUGAAUAAUUUUUUACCUGUAAGUUUAAUCCAGUUUAAAGCUGUCUCAGUUCGCUCACAUUUACCUGGAACCCUAAAACACUAGAGAUUUUACUGCGUUUCCACGGAAACUGUUGUUGAUCUUUUAAACACCAAAUGUGACGCCAACCAUUUCCCAAAGUAAAACCUCAAAUAGAAACAUUUUAUUUAUGACUCCACUGUGUUCUGAUGAGGAAAACUUGGCUGAAUUAUAAAAAAUACUUUUUUUAAAUAUCAAAGGUCCAGACACAAUGCAUUGUGGUCCAUAUCUGCUAAUCUAAUGCUGAUCAUUCGCUCUCCGCUCCUCUCUGAACUGUCACAGAUCGGCACGGAUGCUGACUGGUUUUUGCAGAGACUUAUGGGAAAUUUCCUGGGCUUUGGAUUUUAGAAUAGUGGUUUUUGACCUUUGACCGAAUGAGAACUGCUCUACAUACAGUUGUGGAAACCAGCAGAGAACGGUGAAGGCCCUAAAGGCAAAGCGGAGCUCUGAGUAGUGAGGGAUUCCGGACGCAGUCCAAAUUUUGGGGAAGUUUGUUGAUUUAAAAAUGUUUAAAUGUUUUAGGUUGUUUAGUUUUGACCUUACAGGUCUGUGAAAAAUAAUGAAAGUUAUUUUCUUCCUUUUUUUCUUUCUUGUAUAUUUUUUAUGAUGAAUUAAAUCAAUAAAAUCAAUCACUGGUUGAAGCCGAUCUGCGCCACAGCGCUUUUAUUUUGAAAGGGGGGAGGAGCUUUGAGCAGGUGGGCAGGUUCAGGUGAUCAGACUCUUGAGGGACACGAGACGCGAAAGGGAAAUCAUAAACUCCAGGAUUCAGACGUUUCCUUUUCUGAGAAGCUGUUAAACGGAGAUGACUUGGGCUGAAGAUGAAGAGGAGUUUCCAGCCUGUGGGAGUCGUAGGGAGCCACAGGGAGACGUCGGUACAAAACCCGAACAGUUGUCCUGGUUUUGGCAUCUGUGGCGUUCUGUAAAGGGCUUCCUGAAAGACUUGCAGCCCAAACCGGAAAACUCCAGAACAAA